AUGACCCACAUCGCACCAGCUGUGAGCUUAACAUGGGCCAUUCUGUCUUUAAUGCUGGGAUCUUUCCUCGUCUAUCACCUAUGGUCAUUUGAUCGGUUCAAAUGCCUCAAAUGGAAUCGCGGUCCACACUCGGGUGCCUUUAAGCGUAUCAUGACGUACACGUACAUAUCAAGUGUAACACUGGUGAUCACGUUCGCAGUAGGCUUUGCAGUAAUCAAGUAUCAGUACGGGUACAGUUUUAUUCCCGGGUAUGGGAUUAUUCCCACCCCAUACCAGCUGUGGAGUGAAAGAUCACGCAACGCCAUAUUGCCGCUUUAUCUUUGCUUCUCAUUCGCAUGGAGUUCCGAAAUGUACGUCAUAUAUACAGAACUCUGCUUCUGGGUCUUCCUCGUGAAGUCGACGUCGGCAGAACAAGACUGGUUCCGAACGGUCUACUUCAAAGCAUGGGCUAUCGGCUCGUGUGUUGCUACCAUAUACAUGCCACUCGUGACGAUUUUCACUCGGGAUGACGUACUGAAGUGUGAAGCAUAUACGAUGCUUGCAGGGAGUAUGGGGGAUUUUUUCUUGACGAUUUGGUUCCUUCCCGUAUUAUGGACGUUUCCAUCGUUUAUUGAGAAUUUGAAACAGUCCAACGUAGACAAAAAUACGUUGAUCAGACUGACAAAAUUCCACGAACUAAAUGUAUUUAUAUCCCCGCAGUGUAUUCGCAUCAUGUUCCGCUUCUUGUUCACAAUUCCAUGUAUCAUACUCGGUGUCGACGGAGUGCGACCACAUCAGCAUAUUAAUGAUAAAAGGGCGCUGAUUUUGGGUGGUGUGAAAGAUCUAUUGGCUAUCGUUGCAGGUAUUGGCGUUGUCAUGUCGUCUGGAAUAACACUCGUCAUAUUUUUCCCCCGCUCCAUCGAAGGUGAAAUGGCCGAGAGGGAUGCAUCACGUGAUCGUAAGCACUCGCGGGCGAACCGUCGGGCAAGAUCACAGUUCAUGGCGAGGUUGGAGCAUGCAUUUGUGGGGAACGAUGAUGUUGUAUAUAUCGCGCCGAGUGUGAAAUCGCACGCACGCACGACGGAACUCAAUGAUUUUGGUAGGUUUGCGCAGGGUGAGCGUGGCUGGGUGAAUAAUUCCGACAUGGACGUCUUCGACGUCAAAGUUGUUGGGUCCGGGGUGCUCUUACAGCCGAAUCGCCGGACAGAAAGUGGGGACGUCGAGUUUGGCGGUAUGAUGACGAAUUCGAGGGGUGCGUUGUUCACGAGACAUGGUGUGAUGCAAAGGUCAGAAGUCAACCGAUUAGUGCAUAUCUGGAGGUCGCCUAUCGGUGAGUCGUGCACCUUUUUUCGGUUGUUGGUCGGUUAG